CGCGAUAUCCUAAGGAUUGUCCUAAGGAUUCUGGAUUUAAAUAUCGUUAACCGAAAGUAUCCCCAUGAUGACUGCUUCUGUGGCUCCUCCUGUUAUUGAAAUGGAAAAUGGUCCGGCGGCCCUACAAAGGUCAAAUCAUGUUAGCACAGUUCUUCUUUAUGGCAUUCCCAUUGUAUCUUUAUAUAUUGAGGGGCAGGAGCGUUUGUGCCUAGCCCAAAUAUCGAAUACUUUGCUCAAACAAUUUAGCUAUAACGAGAUACAUAAUCGCAGGGUUGCUUUGGGCAUUACUUGUGUACAGUGCACACCCGUACAAUUGGAAAUACUACGACGAGCUGGCGCUAUGCCAGUAAGUUCGCGUCGUUGUGGAAUGAUAACACGACGAGAAGCGGAGCGCUUGUGUAAGAGCUUUUUAGGAGAUAAUACACCGCCGCGAUUGCCUGAAGAUUUUGCGUUUAGCGUUCAGCACAAGUGUGCUUGGGGCUGUCGCGGUUCAUUUCUACCUUCCCGUUACAAUUCCUCGCGAGCUAAAUGCAUAAAAUGUUCAUAUUGUGGGAUGUUUUUCUCGCCUAACAAAUUUAUAUUUCAUUCACAUCGGAUAACUACAAAUGAUAGAUAUGUCCAACCAGAUGCUGCAAAUUUUAAUUCUUGGCGUCGGCAUAUGACAUUAUUAAAUGGAAAUAAUACCAAUGAUGAAAAGAUUAUACACGCUUGGGAAGAUGUGAAGGCAAUGUUUAAUGGCGGAACAAGAAAAAGAUUGGUUGGCAGUGGGAGUAGUAGUAAUAAUAACAAUAAUCGUAAUCAAAACAUAUCGCCUUCUUCUGAAGUUCUGAGAGGAAUAACCUCCUGUAUCUCACCAACACCAACCAUCAACUUAGAAAGAGACUCAAAUAAGACUUUGUCUACGAAAGAGGAAUCACGGUGCCCCACCCUGGAUAAGCAAUAUAAAUAUAGUACUGUUGCUGCUACCGCUGCUGUGGUGGCAGCUGUUGGUGUCCCUUACAAUUUUGAUACCAAUGCCUCGCUAUCUGGGGAUCAUCUUUCUGUAAUGCCAAUAUCAAGAAAUUUUGUCGUAGACUAUAUGUGGCAACAUAAGGAUCAUCAGCAUUACGAACAACAGCAUUCAAAAAUGGCGGAAUCAAAUUUGGAAACCUAUGAAAUCGACUCGAAUUACCCGAAAUCAUGGGGUAAACAAGAGGCGAAUGUUAUAGGAAAUUCGGUGCGAUUUUCGGAUAAUGUUACUACCCAUAAAAAUCGUAAGCUCACGGGUAUAGGAGGAGGAAAUAAUGGUCUCGCUGAUUAUAAGAUUCCAUCAAUUCUAAGCUGUUCGGCUUUUAAGCCCGUAGUGGCGUCUACAGCCAUAGUCUCAACAUCUUUAUAUACGAGAUCCAGUGAUUUAAACAAAAGUAAUGAUAAUAUCAACUCCUCACAGGCAACAAGAACAACGACAGUUCUCACACAUAAUAGUACUUCACACCGAUUAGUUAACCACGACUUGUCAUUUUCGCCAAUUUUAGAUAAAGAAAAGAUAUUAGGAAACAGUGUUUGCAGAAAAGUAAACGAUAAUAACAAUGCUAACGAGAACGAAGACGACGACGACGAAGUUGUGGAUAUUGAAACAACAGAGGAUGAAAGUAAAUUCUUAAGACAUCACGAAAGUAGUGAAAGUAAUAGUGUCUCUCAGACGACAAGUACGAAUAUUGAUGUUGAGGCAGAUGUCGAUAUUGAUAUCAUAACAACCGAGGAGGAUGCUGACGAUCAAUUGGAGCUGAUCUCCAGUUCUUGCUCUAUUGAGAAUGCCAGUCGAUCUUCGCUUUCAAUCUUUAAAACUGAACGUAUUCAAAUAUCAGGUCCUACUUCUCCAGCGGAUACAAAGGAAAAACUAUGCAGUGAUGAUGAAUUCAAUAUAAAUGGGGAAUCAAAAGGCUUAAAUGGUCAACAUUUAAAGAUAAUUGCGCGCCGAACAACGGAUAAAGUUCACCAUCAUCAUGUGGAACGAUGCUGUAAUCCAAAGCAGUACUACCACAAACCCUUAGCAUCUACAAAGAACCUUUCAUCUUCAUCGUCUAGCCUACAAAUCCAACAGCGUUUGGCCUUUCCCGUAUUUUUUAAAUCACAUCUGCACUCUUUUCGUCCUUUGCACUACUAUCCCCAACCUCAGACAGUGACGACGACACUUAGCCCUAACAGCUCUACAGGAGACUCCAAUAAAUGGAGAAACAUUGAGCCGUCAUUAUCGUGUUAUUAUGAAAAAUCAACAAAUUAUGAUUUUGUAGAUUUUAAGUAAUAUACAAAAUGGACUUAUAUGUCAGGCGAAAAAAUCCUCAUAAGGUGCUGAAAUACAUUAAAGAAACAAAACUGUCAAGGCACAGGAGAAAUACUUAAAGAAUGCGUUUAUUCAACACCCAAAAUAAUUGUUCGCAUUUUUGUACACAUAUUUUCAAUUGAGAUAUAACUCGUAUGUUUUAAAAAUAAAUGUAUGAUGUAAAUGUAUGUAAAUUGUUUUUAUAUUGGUACCUAUUUUAAUAAAGCUUAAAUAUAGAUACAUAUAAAUAAUAAACUAAAUUAAUAUUAUAUCGAACAUUAUAACCACGUUACACAAUAAUUGAAGGGUAAGAUAAACAAUAACGAAAACUAACAGCUUUUAGUUUUUAUUUUUGUUGUAUAGUCAAGAGUUUUCCACCCCGUGAAUGAGAUAUUUCUGUCCCUCUAUGGUAAGUAUAUGUCGGAUGUGGAAUGGUUUCGUCCAUAUUAAUGUCCUCGCGCGGUAGCACAGCGAGUUCCGUUGCCGAUCGUUACCAAACUAAACUAAACUCCACUCCCUUCUCUCCAUCUAUUUAUAUGUUCUGUCAACGUUCUUACUUCAGUUUAUCUAUAUACCUCUCUUUCUCUCCUAUAACUUUCGGUAGCGCGACAACGGACCUCACUCGCCAGCAGAGACUGCGCUCGUCUCUGCUGCUAUGCCUCGCGCUGCGCUUCUUAGAAAAAGCGUACU